CCAGUGUUUAACGAACGACAAAAAUCGAUAUCAAUUCAACAUUGCCAACAUAGCCGCUGCACAUUAUUAUCGCCGCAAAGAUGAUAAUACACGUACGCGAAUGAUAACGAGAGAUGAAAUAACAAAGACGAUUUUACAUUAGUGUGGCUAUUCGGUAUAUUUUGUUUUAGAUGAUCGUAUCCUCGUCUGUUUAACUCCACCCGACUUCAGCGUUGUUAUUUACCACCGAGGUUUUCCAAUAAAUGGGUAAUUAUAAUAUUUUUAUUGUUUUACAAAACACGUCUGAUUUCAAUUCAAAUUGAGGUCUCACGGUCGAACGAUAUUCAAGUGAAUUUUAACAUUUAUUAACAGGUAUAUAGUUUCUAAGACACACAAACAAGAUGGGUUUAACGUUGUCGACUGUUUUCACUCGUUUAUUUGGCAAAAAACAAAUGCGCAUCCUGAUGGUAGGAUUGGACGCUGCCGGUAAAACUACCAUACUAUAUAAGUUAAAACUUGGCGAGAUUAUCACCACCAUACCAACGAUUGGAUUCAACGUCGAGACUGUAGAAUACAAAAAUAUUGCAUUCACGGUGUGGGACGUAGGUGGCCAAGACAAAAUCCGCCCUUUGUGGCGGCACUACUUCCAAAAUACCCAGGGACUGAUAUUCGUCGUAGAUUCCAACGAUCGAGAAAGAGUAGCAGAAGCAGAACGAGAACUACACAACAUGUUGAAAGAGGACGACCUCAGAGAUGCCGUUCUGUUAGUAUUUGCUAACAAACAGGAUCUUCCAAAUGCAAUGAAUGUAUCGGAUCUCACAAACAAACUUGGACUGAACCAGUUGCACCAGAGAAAGUGGUAUAUUCAGUCAACUAUUGCCACACAAGGCAAUGGUUUAUAUGAAGGAUUGGAUUGGCUGUCCAACGAACUAGCCAAAUAAAAAAUACCGCACUUGUUUGUGCCCUCUGUAACAUCCUUUAAUCAUUGUAUAAGAUUAAUAUUCAUUUCUAGUUUUGAUCAUAAGAAAUCUACAUAUUUUAUUAAUUAUUUAUUUCUUUGUUUUUAAGAAUAUUAUUAUUUUAAUAUUGGGAUAAUAUAAUAUGUCAUUUAAUUCUACCGCAUUUAAUUGAUUAGGUACUAUAAGUUAUUUCAAAACAACAAUUAAAAAUGUUCGGAUAUAAAAAUUAUUACCUCAAACUUAGUAAAGAAAAGAAAAAUUAAUUCAUGAAAAAUGGUGUAAAUGUUUUCGAUGUUGAUUAUUUUUAUGAACUACAUUUAGUUUUUUUAUUCAAUUCCUUCUGUAUGCAUUGUAUCAUGUUACCUAACAAUGUCUAAAACAAUUGGGUCCACUGUUCAUGUUAUAAUUAAUAUUGACAUAUUCUAUUCAACCAAUUAAAAUUAUAAGUAUUAAUUUUCGAGGAGUUGGUGUAACCUAAGUUACUUUAUGAUUUUUAUCAAUAAUAAACUGCCAACAUUUGUACUAAAGAGAACAAAAUAUUUACUCAUUUCAUCAGUUUUAAUAAAAAAAAAAAAUUGC